CCUAAAGUGGUGAGGGUGAAAGAGCAACGUUUGAAACAAUUUUCUCUUGGACUUGUGUGUUCUGAUCUUUCGACGCUAAGAAGCUGUGAACUGUCGUAAAGCUUAUCCAAGACAGCAACACCCUGAAUCAAGUGUUUUGAAGAGACGGAAGAUGGGAGUUGAAGGUACUUUGGAAUACUUGUCCGAUCUGCUACGCAGUGUCAAAAAGGGCAAGAAGAAGAAGAAGCAAAUACAAACUGUGGCGCUCAAAAUCAGAAUGGACUGUGAAGGGUGUGAGCGUAAGGUCAAGAAAGUUCUCUCUGGUGUAAAAGGGGCAAAAUCUGUGGACGUGGACUUGAAACAGCAGAAGGCGACGGUGACAGGAUAUGUGGAGGCAAAGAAGGUGUUGAAGGCAGCUCAGUCAACGAAGAAAAAGGUGGAGCUAUGGCCUUAUGUUCCAUACACACUGGUGGCUCAUCCUUAUGUUUCUCAGGCAUAUGACAAGAAGGCACCUCCUAAUAUGGUGAGGGGCAUUCCCGACACAGCCACCAUUAAAGAGACUACGAUGAACGACAGCUACACCCUUAUGUUCAGCGAUGAGAACCCAAAUUCCUGCACCAUCAUGUAGAGUUACUCUGUCAAAAAUCUUCAAGAAAAAGCCACAUCGAUGGUCACUGUAAAGAAAAUCCGUAUAUACAUAUUGCGGCCAUUGAUCAUGUAUUGUUUUCUUCGUUUUUUUUUUUUUUUUAUUUGUGAAUUUUCUUUGCGAGGUUUUUGUGGUGAAGAACAUCAUGAGCUUGAUCUAUAUAUGUUCUGAAUGGGACAUGGUGCAUGUGGGUUGCUCAUCAUCAUGUCUUGUCAUGAGCUCGAUCAAUAGUAUAGGAGUAUAGAUUUAUGUCGUCCUAGUGCAAUUGACCUUUUUCA